GGAACCAAUUGUGGUCAUGUGAUUUGCUAUCAGGACAUCAUAGCUGACGGAGCGAAUGUUUUUGAUUAUUGUUUUGGUUUUUGGUUUUGACAUGUAAGUUAACGUUAAUUGUAUUUGUAUUGCCCUCAAGAUGUAUGCUGCCGCGACGGAGAGUUUAAUAAAGCAGGCGAGAGAAAUUAAGGAGGAAGAGCUUCAGAAAUUUUGCGGACGCAUAUUUAAGCUGCUCCACACUAAAGACGUUAGUGGAGAAACCGUGGACUCCCUCCAGAGACUCCAUCUGAUAGUUUCUGCCACAAAACAUGCUAGAGAGCUUCCAUCAGAUCUGGUGAUGAAGCUGCAGACUGUUCUUCGCUCUUCAUCGAGUCCAGAGCAGCUCCAGGUCCUGUCCUCCUCCAUCAUACGGCAGAGUUUUCCUCCCAGCGUGCACAGCCUCUGCUCGGAUCUCAGUCAGGACAGCAGGACCUUUAGCUAUGUGGCCAGUGUUGUUCUCUCUCAGGCUGGAAAUAAAGAAGAUGUGAUCCCCCUUUGCCACCAUCUGCUGAAAAGCUUUGAGUCUCGAUUGUCUGACGGGCUGAUACCUAAGCAUGCUCUUCCCAUUCUCUCUGAAAUGAUUACGGUUUAUCCAGACGUUCUCACAGAUGAUCAGGUGAAUCUGGUCAGUCGUAAGGCGGUGGAUUGGUUGCGUUAUGCCAGUAUGCAGCAGGGAGCCUCCAUGUCUUCUGGGGGAUUUUUCAGUGGACCAAGAGCACGUCAGCCAGCUCCACUGAUGGAGGUGGAUGGGGUGGUAACAGGCGACUUCUUCACUGUGCUGUGUGUGGGUCAGAGCUUCACUGAGGACCAGUGGAUGAAUAUGUACACUUUCUCUAUGAUCAAGGGUUGGCUGCUCACUUACGACGCAGACGGGACUACAAACACAGAAUCAGCUCCACUAAAAAAAGCACAGGUCAUUCAGUCACAACACCAAGAUGAUCGCUCAGAGGUGGACAGUUCAGUGAUGUCCAUGGUGUCGGCCACAUCCUCUUCCAGCAGACUGCUUCCUCCCAAAGAGAGACUCCGCGAGAAGGCUUUUGAAUACUGCCAGCGUCUCAUUGAACAGAGUGACCGCAAAGCUCUGAAGAGGAUGGAUACGGAGCUACAGAAAGCAUGUAUCAUCGAGUCCGUGUCAAUAAUCGACAUCAUCUGUGGCGAGGACCCCUCCUAUGUGUACCGUGCCUUCCCCUGCAUCAAAGCCCUGUACGGCAGACUGAACGGAGACUUCACCUACGCUCGCACCCUGCUGCCUAUCGCUCAGUUCUACCUCAACCACAGCGAGACGGCCGCUGUGGACUCUGAGGCUGUGUUCUGCCAGCUCUUCAGCCACUGUCCCACAGAGCAGUUCAACGAGCCCAUGCUAGCCUUCGAGUUUGUCCAGUUCUGUCUACUCAAUUCCAGCGUGCUGCAGGACAGAGUGCCCAACUACAGACAGAGUUUCCCAAACCUCCUGAAGUUCUUGGCGUGGAACAGCUCAGGAUUAAUUGGAGAGUUUGUGGAGCUGCUUCCGUCACUGGUAGCUCCAGAUACAGCCAUUGAGUUACUGCACACUAUCCUUGAUCUGCCCUGCUUAGCAGCUGCGCUGGACCUCCAGCAGAGAUCAGCGAGCUAUCAGGCUUUGGACCGUACUGCGUGGGACCAGCAGGGGGCGAAGGUGGUUGCUUGUCUGGAUGCCUUCCGCCAGCCGUCCUAUAGGGGGCUCUUCCUCUACAUCCUCAGACCGGAGGCUGGGACCGGAGACACUAUAGACAGGCUAAAUCUGCUUCAUGAAAUUCUGGCUGACAUGGCGGAGUGUCCACGGGUCAUUCAGUGUGCCCAGGUCGUUCCUGUGCUUCUGCACGUUUACUUCAACACUGUCACUCAGAAAGCCGAUGAGAAAAUGAUGAACCAGCUGCUGCUGGUGCUUCUGGAGAGGUGUAGCCUGCUCUUUAACAUCAAGACAUUUAAUGCUGAGGUCCAAAAAGUGUUCAGCACACACCUGCAGGCUCUGUGCAAACUCCACCCACCACUGAUUGUGGAUCAGUCCAGGGAGAUCCUGGAGUUCGUAAGCAUCCCUGCCAACAUUUACAGUAAAGAAGACUUUUACACACAUGUGGUGUGGGUCAUUGGUGAGUUUGUCUCGGUGUCAUACGACCCUCGCUGCACGGUGGAACUGAUCACCUCUUUUUUUGAGAGUUUGGAGGCGGUGCUGUUUGAGAUCACACAGGUGCGACAGUCAGCCAGCCCCCCAGGUUUCUCCCCCCGCCUCAUCACGGUUCUCAUGACGACCCUUGCUAAACUGGCCACACGCAGUCAGGAUCUUAUCCCAAGAGUGUCGCUUUUCCUGUCUAAGAUGCGGACAUUUGCUCGAAGUGGCCCAGUAAUGGCGUGCUACAGUGAGGAAGACAGCGAGGAGAUCAUCACACGAGCCCAUGAACUUAUUAACCUGCUCAAACUACCAAAUGUGGCUCAGUUUGUUCUGGCCCCUUCAGCGGGAGGAGACGGCCCCCGCUGGCACAGAGACACCAACGCCUCACUUCCUCAGGCCAUGAGAGCAGUCAGCGGUCUCCUCCACAGGCAUUCCAGCUUCCUGCCCACGUGAGCCAAUUCUAGGAACUCGUUUUUCAAAUAACUGCGCAGAAUACCAAGAGAGAGAGUUUCUAAAGGACACAAGAAGGGAGUGAAAGGAAAUGUGAGAGACACUGAAGCAAAAAAGACAAGCACUGCACUUCAUCAUGAAUCACAAAUAUAUCAAAACAAACAUCAAGACACAAGAGGUUUAUGUUUUAUUCCUUGAUUUAUUCAAUAGACAUUUUUAUAUUAAUCAAACAUUCUGUGUUUAUUGUCAGAUCUAUUACUGGCAAUUAUGAUUAAUGUCUCAACUGUUAAAAUACAGCUUAGAUUCAGUUUUGCCCUUUUAAUUAAAAAUCUAUAAAACCAAAGGAAUUGAUCAUAUACAUUAAAUCUGACACCGUCGAAAUGUCUACACAAUCUAGAAAUGAUUAUUGUCAUAUUAAUGUGACAUUAUGACAAAAUUUGUAAAAAUUGUUUUACAUUCAAAGUCAAAGUGCUUAAAAACAUACUUGGUCACAUCUGAGCUUUCUGGCUAAAACCACAGUCAAAUUAGAGACUUUGAGCACGUGAAAUUUCUUCGGACACUGCAACGGUUGCACAAUGAUGUCACAUUCUGCGCUGUAUGUAAAACAUAAUACGUCAAAAGGGUAAAAAUAUGCCGUCUGCUCCACUUUACUGCAAUGCUGCAAUCCUGCAGAUUUAAAGUUUGCGCUCUUUUAAUUCACCUAAAAUGGCUAUCAAUCUUCUAUUUGUCAGAAAUCUUCAUAAUAUAUGAAUUCCAAACUUGAA